AUGGAUGCUUCACAAACAAUUUUAGAUGAUGCUCUGCGUAGAAUUGCGCAAUUAGAGAGAGACGUGGAAAGUCGUAGAAACGAUUUCCAUGAAAAGCGUCAAAGCCAUCAAACGAAGGGGCAAAAUCGGCGUUCCGUUAUUCGAGACUACAGUUCAAGCAGUCGCUAUACGACGCAGCAGGCAAGCCGAAAUUCUCAGUAUAGAGGUUAUGUACGUAGGCGUUAUUCAUCAUCAUCCUCUAGCAGAGGUACUACCCGUUCUUCACGUUCAAGAAGUGGCGAAAAGUCUAUUAGAAAUUCCGAGCAUAAUGACGGUGAGCGUAUCGCGAGACGAACGACACUUCAAGAAACUAAUCCCGGCGAGCGUCACCCGCGAGGUACGACACGGGAGUCAGGCAACUCACCUGACAAUAUUAAUAGAAGCUCCAAUUUACCGAGCGAGUCAGCAAGCGGCGCAGGCAUACAGCACGUAUACUCGGGUACAUCGCCAAUGUCUCCAGGCCCAGAAGAAGGGUUUCCUGAUUCUAUGUUAGCGUACAUUGGGCCAAACAUUACAGCACUUAGUCAAGGGUUAAAAAUAGGUCAACCAAUUGCUGAUAAUUGGCUGGCGCUUGCAAGAUCAGGACUGCCAAAAGAAAACGUUGAUGAACUUUUAGGAAAAUAUCCAAUACCAGAGAACUGUCCUGGUUUGGGCGGGCCAGCAUUGAAUCCGGAACUGAAAUUAACCUUGGCACCUCAGGCUAUCAAAAAAGAUAGCUAUCAAUUAGCGCUUCAAAAUCAACUGGGGGCAGCAUUGAGCGCGUUGGGUCAAGCAUUUUCGAAAACAUUGAGACGAAACAAGCAAAGCCACCAAUGCAGCUCUUGGAGACACUGGCAGAAUUUUAACGGAUUUACAUUAUAAAUUAUCCACAACCAGACGCUCCUUUAUCUUACU